AGGCUUAACCCACUGAGCCACCCAGGCGCCCCUUUUAUGAAUUUAAAAUGUGUUCGUUGUCAGUUUGGAGCGACUAGAUAAAUAGACUCAAAUGAAAACCUUUCAUGAUCCCAUCAACAGGAGACAGUCACUGUUAAUGUUUUGAUAAACUUCUUGUAGUCAGUUGAUGUAUGUAUAAUUUUAGUACAUCUUAUUUAUAUUUCUUUAACAAAGCAAAAUUGGGAGUAUGCUGUUUGAAGCCAUUAGGUUAUAUUACUGGUAUCUUUUGUUAAGGUAGACUGUUUUGUUACGUGGGGGGAGUUUUUUCAGCUGGCCCCUGAGAACUUAUCUUCCUUUUGUUUUGUUUGUUUUUGGUUUGUUUUUAGAUGGGCUCUACAUCCAGUGUGGAGCCCAAUGUGAGGCCUGAAUCCAUGACCCUGAGAUCCAGACCUGAGCCGAGAGCGGGAGUCGGGCACUUACUUAAUCAGCUGAGCCAUCCAAGUGCCCUCCUUUCUUUUGUUUUUAUCCUUAGUUUGCCGUGGUGGCGUUAUUUCUGGACAGGGGACUGAAUGGCGCCAGUGUUGAAAUGAGGCCUUUGCCCACCCUCACCCCCCACUUUUGUUGAGGGGCUGUGACUGCAGGCCUUCGGGGACACCGAGUGGGGCCAGUGGGCUGGAUCUGCCACUUCAUAGUUCCUUCAGAACCUGAUGCUAAGUGGAACUACGCGAUGGUGACGAUUGUCCCUUUGUUCUGGAGACACACGUGAGAGCUGUCACAGAGAGAGCUGCGUGGUACGCAGGAAGCUGCCAAGUCCGCAGAUCCCGGUCACCCACAGGAAGGCCUGCCCAUGCGGUGUGAGGAAGGAGCUCCUGCAGCCAGGAUCCCGCUCCCGGUGUGAGAGGCGCAGCCACGGCCUGGCGGAGUUCGGGGCCAGAGCCGAAGAGGCUCAGGGUGCAGCAGGGCUCAGAGCUACUCAUCUCGCAACAGAAAAUGACCAUGUUACAGGAGGCGCUCUCAUUUGAAGAUUUAUCUGUGGACUUCACCCAGAAGGAAUGGCAGCUCCUGGACCCCAGUCAGAAGGACCUGUACAAGGAUGUCAUGUUGGAGAACUACAGCAGCCUCGUGUCCCUGGGGUACGAAGUUGUGAAACCUGAGGUCAUCUUCAAGUUGGAGCAAGGAGAAGAGCCGUGGAUCGGAGAUGGGGAAGUCCCAAGUUCAGACGGUCCAGAACAAGUUUUGCAAGUAAAUGGUCACAUGACAUGGCAGCAGGAUAACCAAGAGAAGCUUAGAAAUAUGAAACAAGAUCAUGAAUGUGAUGCAUUUGGGAAAAAAUUCAAUCUGAGCAUGAACUUUGUUCCGUUAAGGAAAUCAAACAGUGAAGAUGAUGUAGAUGGAUUACUUUUAAAACAUCACUUAGAUUUACUUAUUCCAAAAGCAGAUUAUGGAAAAACGGAAGCAGCUGGCUUAAGUGUAUUUGAUAAGUUGUUUCUCCAUCCCAAACCUGAGGAAACUGAUAAUUGGUUAAAAUACUAUGAAUAUGAUAAAUAUGAUAAAAUUAACUCUAAGAAGUCACAGAUUAUCAUAUAUCAUAGAAACCGUUUAGGGGAGAAACUCUAUGAGUGCAGUGAAUGUAGGAAACGCUUCAAUAAGAAAUCAAGUCUCAUUAAACAUCAGAGCAGACAUAUAAGAGAGAUCGCCUAUGGCUGUGGUAACUGUGGCAAAACCUUUCCCCAGAAGUCACAGUUUAUUACGCAUCACAGAACUCAUACAGGAGAGAAACCUUAUGAUUGUGGCCAGUGUGGGAAGGCCUUCUCCCAGAAGUCGCAGCUCACAUCCCAUCAGAGAACACACACAGGAGAGAAACCAUAUGAAUGUGGUGAAUGUGGGAAAGCCUUCUCCCGGAAGUCACAUCUCAUCUCACACUGGAGGACACACACAGGUGAAAAACCCUAUGGGUGCAACGAAUGUGGGAGGGCCUUUAGUGAGAAGUCAAAUCUUAUUAAUCAUCAGAGAAUUCAUACAGGAGAGAAACCUUUUGAAUGCAGAGAAUGUGGGAGAGCUUUCAGCAGGAAGUCACAGCUCGUUACACAUCACAGGACUCACACAGGAACAAAACCCUAUGGAUGUAGUGAUUGCAGAAAAGCCUUCUUUGAGAAGUCAGAGCUCGUUAGACAUCAGACAAUUCAUACUGGAGAGAAGCCCUACGAAUGCAGCGAAUGUCAGAAAGCCUUCAGAGAGCGGUCGAGUCUCAUUAACCACCAGAGAACUCACACAGGAGAGAAGCCUCAUGUGUGCAUUCAGUGUGGGAAAGCCUUCUCCCAGAAGUCACAUCUCAUAUCCCAUCAGAUGACACACACAGGAGAGAAACCCUUUGUAUGCAGUAAAUGCGGGAAAGCCUUCAGCAGGAAAUCUCAGCUUGUUAGACAUCAGAGAACUCACACAGGAGAAAAGCCCUAUGAAUGCAGUGAAUGUGGGAAGGCUUUCAGUGAAAAAUUAAGCCUUACUAAUCAUCAGAGAAUUCAUACAGGAGAGAAGCCCUAUGUGUGCAGCGAGUGUGGGAAAGCCUUUUGUCAGAAGUCCCAUCUCAUAUCCCAUCAGAGGACUCACACAGGAGAGAAACCCUAUGAAUGCACUGAAUGUGGGAAAGCCUUUGGUGAGAAGUCAAGUCUUGCAACUCACCAGAGAACUCAUACGGGAGAAAAACCGUAUGGGUGCAGGGACUGUGAAAAAUCCUUCUCCCAGAAGUCACAGCUGAAUACUCACCAGAGAAUCCACACAGGAGAGAAACCCUACGAAUGCAGUCUUUGUAGGAAAGCUUUCUUUGAGAAAUCGGAACUAAUUAGACAUCAAAGAACUCAUACAGGAGAAAAACCAUACAAAUGCAGCGAGUGUGGGAAAGCCUUCAGGGAGAAGUCAAGCCUCAUCAAUCAUCAGAGAACACACACAGGUGAGAAACCCUUUGAGUGCGGCGCAUGUGGCAAAGCCUUUUCUCGGAAAUCACACCUAAUACCACAUCAGAGGACACACACCGGGGAGAAGCCCUACGGCUGCAGCGAAUGUAGGAAAGCCUUCUCUCAGAAGUCACAGCUUGUUAAUCACCAGAGAAUACACACAGGAGAGAAGCCGUACCAGUGCCAUGAAUGUGCGAAAGCCUUCUCCCAAAAGUCACAGCUCAUUAAUCACCAGAGGACUCAUACAGCGAAGAAAUCCUAGGACUGGGGUUACUGCUACUCUGACAGAGCUCUCGGCUCUUUGUACUUCAGAAAAUGCAGUUAGGGUAAACCUUUCAGAUAAAUAGUCGCAUCACAUUUUACGUCUGUCUGGGUAAUCUUUUAGGGUAGGAACUCUGAGGUUAUGUAGGGAGAGCUUUGAGCAGGUUAACCUGUUUGUGUAAGAACCCUGAGAGUAGAAUGAACCUGUGAGAUGCAGUGACUUUCAAAACCCUGUCAGACACACAGUGGGAAAUGAAAAGCAAUGAGGAGUACUGUGAACAUCAGGAAGCCUUGCAGAGGUGACACCUCAUUUGCUGUUGGGAAAUACCCUCACUGAGGUAAACCCUAGUCCAGUAAAUGAAGAAUAACCCCAUGAAUGCAGCAAGUAAUGUCCUGUUUUCAUCAAGGAGUCACAGGUCAUUGUACAUUAAGAAAAUACUCUCAGGAAUGAAGCUCAGUGGAAAUGCUAAAUGUGGGACAAUCUUCAUCAGGUAAUCCAACCAUAUUGUAUUUGGGGGGAAUUCAUAAUGUGGGUCAGACUAACAAUUUAAAGACCUUGGAAACGUGCCCCUAGAAAUAAGGCUAUAAAGGGAAGCCAUGCAUUUUUUAAUAGGUGGGGUUAUCAGAAAUGCCCAAUUCUAAUGGUUGAUGUGUUCACUCUGAAGAAUGAAGUUUUUAAAAAUGUGUGAAUAAAUGAAGUCAUUGAAGCAUCUGAAUAA